AUGGGUAAUGUGAUCAAGGUAAGCUACUUUAUGAUCCUCUCCAGCUGAUUCUUACCCAAAUAUUUGGAUUUCGCGCUGCUUUUUCCGAUUCUCCUUCGUCUUCCGAUAUAAAGGUUGAUGACGAACGAGCCGGUGUCGUUAUGCCAUUAUUGUUUUUACGUGCGAUGUUUAGUAAGACAUCUUCUUCAUUGUUUUACUGUUUAUUCUGUGUUUUAAUAUUGUGGUUUGAAGUGGUCAUUCUACUGGAAAAUGGGUUUACAUUGUGUUAGGGUAGCUUUUUGGUAUGGUGGUUAGCUUUUUGGUCGUAACUUUGGUGAUUGUAGUUGUCAAUGUAUGAUUUUGGUAUUAAAAUAGAGCAAAAUAAAUGGGUUUCACUAUUUUGUAUGUAUAUGUUGUUUUAAUUCGUUAUUCUUGCUUAAAAAAUUGAUUAUUUUGUGUUAGGUUAAAACACUGUCGUUAUCUUUCUUUUGGUCAUAACUUUGUUUCUUGUCAGCGAUUUUAAUCUUCGUGAAGCAAAGUUAUCUUGUUUAUAAUAUAAGUAAAUAUUUAUCAUUUUCAGAGGGUCUCACUGCAAAUGCUACGCAACGCCUUGAUAUUACACAUAACAGUGUUGGCAUGGCUCUGUUCAGCCGAAUUCACACCGGAUUUUCGUAGUUUUUUGAGUAGAAAGUUUGGCGAUGAUGUUGCGAGACAGCUGGAACGAUUGGAUCAGGGACAUUUGAUGAUGGGUAGUUUUGGCGGGCGAAACAACAAGAACCAGCUUAUUCACAAUAGGGUAAGAUAAUCUUAGUUAUUGCUAAUUGAUUUUGGAGGUUUUAGGAGAAAGUAUUUGGUUUUAUAGUGCUAUAAAUUGUGUAAAUAAACAUAGUAUGUAUCUAAAUAUGUAUAACUGUUCGAAAAACUUUAGCCCGUUGUUUUUGUUCACGGCACAACGUCGACAGCCGGCUUCUGGUUGCCUCAUCGCCGCUUCUUCAUGGAUAACGGGUAUUCGGCAGCUGAACUGUACGCGACAACAUACGGCGAUGGCGGAUUAACACAAGGCUUAUUCAUCAAGAAAAUGGAUUGCGAUGACGUUCAGGCGGUGAGUGUUUCGACAGUAUAUGAUCCAUGGUUAACUUUACUUGUUUUUUGUUUUAAAAGUUGAUUUUAACAACUUUUGUUUUAAAUUACGGACGGAAAAGUUAAUUUUUGUUAUUUAUUCAGUUUUUAAAAUAAUUAUUUUAUUUUUAGGUACGAAACUUGAUCGUGGCAGUGUCCCAGUACACAAACUCAAAAGUUGAUGUGUUGGCCUACUCAAUGGGUGUGGCUAUAACGAGAAAAGCAUUGUUGGGUGGGGAAUGUGCGGAUACCAAGGCGAAUCUAGGCGCACCGAUUACUUCUGCUGUGGAAACGUUCUUAUCAGUGGCUGGAGUGGCGUAUGGAAUGCAGAAUUGUCUGCCAGCUUGGCCUGCUUGUAACACUUUGAAUGGCAUGAUAUGUACAUCUGAGUUUCUGGUAAGUUUGAUCUGUUGACAUUGCUUUUUAUGUUUUUAGGUAUAUCUUGUUGGAUCGUGAUCAACCAAUUUAAAUUUAUUAGUGGUUUAUAAAGUUAUGUCGUGUUUGAUCUUUUAAAAAUUGACUACAACACUUUUAAACCAGUUUAAAUAGAUCUGGACCUUAGUAAAACUUCUUUUUAUUCUCUCUUUCUCUAACUCUCCUUUUUUUCCAAUGACAAUCCUCACCAAAAUAUUGAUUUUUUUAAAUUUCCAGAGAGAUGUUAACGCUCCAAGCCAGAAGUACGAAGGCGCCAACUCGUAUGCCAUCUACAGUCGAGACGACCCGAUUAUUGGUCUUCAAUGUUGUGGUCAUUAUUGCUCCGAACUCAAGAAUGCCAAUUUGACGAUAGUACGAAGUGGUCUGGAUCACCUGGGAAUUGUGUUAGCAACAGUGGACCUUCAGUACAAUAUAUUAAUGCACAAGCGAGCUGAUGGCAUUUAA